CUGCUGUACCAGAAGUCCUGCGUUGCUGAGUGACGCCGCUUUCACACACAGAACACGCUGUUAACUUUCACGGAGCCAGCAUCCAACCCACGUUGCCAGAUCAUGUACAUUUACUCGAAGUUAAAAUUACUGACGUGGUAGUGGAUAUCUGCAUAAAAAGGUGGAUGGGCAAACCGGAGAAUUACAGUCUACUUUGGUUUAAACAGGUUCACCGUGAUUGGGUCAGGAAGUGUAAAUCCUUCGAACUGGCAACUUAAGUUUCUUUGAUUUUUCUGUGUGAGUGUGGAUUUGUGGAAAGAGCGAGCGAAGCCGAGAGGAGGAGGAGGUGUAUGGUACAUAACGUAUAACUAAUUCACUCAGCUCUCGUCUGCGUUACUGGAGCUACGAACUGCGCGUCUAAGGGACUGAGUGUGCGCCGUAUCCAAAUAAGUGUACUGAUGUUUCGAAGUAUUGACUUAACCUUAAACGGUUUUUAUUUUUGCUAUAUAUCAAGAGUUUGGAUAUAAUUUGAUAUGGUUAUACUACAGUGCGUUCUGAGUGGCAUGUUUCUUUUCAUAAAAGCAUUGAGUAAAACUUUAACGUCGCGUCUUCGUGAUCACUCUGUUCCUAAAAAGACGUUUGCUUUUCCCACGCAUUUAAAAUGAUAACUGCAGGCAAAAACAUGCUUAUAAUUGGUAUAAAAUUUGUCUGAUUUGUAAAAUGGAUUUCUGCUUUGGAGCUGCUUUACGCACCAGUUAAUGCAUCAUAUAGAUGUCAAACACAACAAGGUUUGUGAAAUAUUAGAAGCACAUUUUGAUAUAUCGAUUUAUUUUUAUUGUUAAAAACGUAGAAUGGGUUUUCCAGAAAUUAUACCAGACUUUCCCCAGCUGUCGAUGGAGAACAUUUUGCUGAUUUGGCUUGCAAUUUUGAUCGCAGUCCACUUGCUCACUGAUUUGGUGCGCCACUGGAGUAUGCGGACUUUACCGGGCCCUUUUCCGUGGCCGAUCGUAGGUAAUGCGGUGCAAAUGGGGAGCUCCCCGCACAUCUACUUAACGCGCAUGGCGCGAAACUACGGCGACGUGUUUCAGAUCAAGCUUGGCAACAGGUCCGUGGUGGUGCUUAACGGCGACUCUAUCCGACAAGCGCUCGUGCACAAGGGUGUAGAUUUCGCAGGCAGGCCUGAUUUCGCCUCGUUCCGCUUUGUCUCUGGUGGUCGAAGCAUGGCAUUCGGCAAUUACAGCGACUGGUGGAAGGUGCACCGACGAGUGGCGCAUGCCACUGUACGCAAGUUCACCUCGCGUAACCAGGAUACCAACGCCAUCGAGAACCACGUUGUGGCAGAAUUCAAAGAGCUGAUCUCGUUGUUUAUGCGCGAAACGAGCGCACAUGGCUAUUUUGAACCCCACCACUACCUUCUGAUGUCCAUGGCAAACAUUUUUAGCGGACUGUGCUUCGGGAAACGCUAUUCGUACAACGACGCCGAGUUUCAGCAGGUGGUCGGGCGCAACGACAAGUUCACAAAGACGGUGGGCGCUGGCAGCAUUGUGGACGUUAUGCCUUGGCUUCAGUUCUUUCCCAACCCCAUCAAAACACUGUUCGACCAGUUCAAGGAACUCAACACAGAGUUCUAUGAUUUCAUUCUGGCCAAAGUUGUUGAGCACCGGAAGACCAUGGAGCCGAGCAUCGUCCGGGACAUGACAGACUCGCUCAUCAUGACGCUAGAACGCGGCAUAACUGGGGCUCCCGGGGUCUUAUUGGAUGAGAAGUACGUGACCCCGACCAUCGGUGAUAUAUUCGGGGCGAGUCAAGACACCACAUCCACUGCACUGCAAUGGAUUGUUCUACUGCUCGUGAGGUAUCCAGAUAUUCAGAAGAAACUUCAAGAGGAAGUGGACAAAGUAGUGGGAAGGAAUCGUUUACCUUCCAUCCAGGACCAACCACAUAUCCCAUAUGUAAUGGCUUUCAUCUAUGAGAUGAUGCGGUUCACCAGUUUUAUCCCGAUGACAAUCCCCCACAGUACAACCAAAGACACCUCCAUUAAUGGAUAUCCCAUUCCCAAAGGCACCGUGGUUUUCAUCAACCAGUGGUCCCUGAACCAUGACCCCAAAAAGUGGGAUCAGCCUGAGAUCUUCAACCCACUACGCUUCCUGGAUGAGGAAGGGGAACUAAAUAAAGAUGUCACUGGCAAUGUCUCAAUCUUCUCUAUGGGAAAGAGGAGGUGUAUUGGAGAGGAACUGUCCAAAAUACAGCUCUUCCUCUUCACAACCCUACUGACACAUCAGUGCCAUUUUACAGUGGAUAAACAGCCCACUAUGGACUACAUGUAUGGGCUAACCCUGAAGCCCAACCCAUUCCAAAUAGCAGUAACUCUGCGUGACUGAUUGCACUGGAUGGAGAUGGACCACAUCUUCAUGAGCAGGAAGUGAAUGAAGAGUGUGAAUAAACUAUGAACAGUGACUAAAAUAAAAACUCACAUCUAGUAUCCACCAAAAUCAUUUAAAAGCUCUGUUGUUUAAAAUUGACAUUAUAACCAGCAUAGUUUUAAUUUCAGUUUUUGGGGGAAUACAAUACUAAUACCACCUAAUCCUUUGUACAAAGAUGUUUAACUAUGUAACUGGGUUCAAAAUCUGCCAUAGGUGUGAUCAGCCAAUCCAGUGAACCCUUGAACAGAUUUUGAACAAUUCUGUAUAAACAUUUUUGUUAAACUUCAAGAAAUGUGUUCAAAGAUAAAUAAUCUGAAAUACAGAAAAAUACAUAUAAAAUAGGUAUAAAUUAACUAAUAACAAAACUAUUGUCUGGAUCACUAUAAUUCAGGGAAUUUGAUAAUUCACAUAGCUGCCUCCAUUUCAUGGUUUUAUAUCCUUGUAGUAAUUUAGUCAACAAGGUUGUGCUAAACCUAACCCUAGCUUGUCAGUAUGAAGACUGACUGUUUCACACGGAACACAGGGCAGCACUGAAGGAUUUAUUCUUUUUUGAAUAGAACUCAAAAAGGGAACAUAGUAUUUCUUUGAGGCUGUUAGUAUGGUUUCAAUAUAACUAGAUUGAGAUGUGAGCUUAACGUGACUUCAGGCUUUCAGCCCUGCACUUUUUCUCCAAAGUCUUCAUUCUGGUGAUGUAGACAAAGUAAAAAUAUCAAGAAAACAAAAAGUCCUUGUGGGUGAAUGAAUUAAAACACAGGCAUUAGGACAUGGCAUCAAUGUAUUAAUCAGUACAAUGCACAAUUUACUCCCUACAAACAUUAGGGGAACAUAACCAAUAUUUCCUCUUAAACCCUUGCCUACAGUUUUAACUAGGCUAAAUAAUUUAAUUCAUGAAAAAUGAAGGCGGCUUAUAGAACAAUGAACAAUGAAGCAGAUCACUGUUAUCAGGUAAUACCUACUGUAUGUGUAUGAGAACAUGUUAAUAUAUUUAUGAAAUAACUACACUCAGGCAACCCUUUCUGAUGUAAAGUUUAAGUUGAAUGACUGACAUUCAGAUAGUUGUGGACAUUAAGGCACUGGCAAAAUUCAGUUCAGUCAAUAACCUCAUAUUCUCAGUUCGAACUAAAGAGGCUAGUGCAUAUAUUCAAGCUAUAUGUUUAGUUCUACAUAUUACAUUUACUUGUUUUUGUUCAAGAGUUAGUAACCUUUUUAUUUUGUGCUUUGCUAUAUAUUAUUAUUUGCAGAACAUUAUUAAGCACACAUGCAUGCGCACACACACACACACACACACACACACACACACACACACACACACACACACACACACACACACACACACCUCUGAGAUAACUGUUGUAGCAGAUUCAUUUUAAUUAAAUAUUCAUAUAUUUAUAUGACGUAUUGUAUAGAAAGGAUGGCCUAUUUUUUGUUUGUUUCACAAGGCUGAUUGUUACGGGGUUUAUGGGGUAGAACCCUGCCAGACUGAGGAGCAACGUCUAACCCAUAACAAUCAGCCUUGUGAAACAAACAAUCUGUAAACCAAUAGCCCUUGAUUUUUUGAUUGCUGUUGAUAAGUUGUUGCUGGGAGAUGCAGUAAAUGUGUAUGGUCUUGAUACUCCUGCAGUAGAAGGUGAUAAGCAGGUCUUUAAUGGUGGUUUAUUUUCUAAAGAGACAUUAGAAAGUGGAGCUCUGCUGCUGCUGUGCUUUCUUCUUCAUCUAGGUAGUCUUACAGUUCAUGACUGAUAUGCUCUAUUCUCUGAUAUGUGCACACCAAGGAGCUUGAAUGUUGGCACUUUCUUUAUCAUGAUUCUAUUCAUGCAGGGAGCAGGAGCUUUGCCACCUUUUGUGAGGUCUAUGAUAAGCUACUUGGUCUUAUUGGUGUUGACCACCAAGUGGUUUUGAUGGCAGUAGUGAAGAGCACUGUAUAACAUAACAGUGAGGAAAUUCUGACACAGUGUAUGACAGAGCUGAGAUCUGGUGUCUGUGGAGGCAAUAUGUUUAACAUACAAUAAACAUGAUCAGACAAAAUCCAUAACAAUAGAGAGCUAUGGGCUUUUAUUUUAAUUUGCUACCGAUCUGUACUAUUUGUUUUCACUGUAAUUGAAUUUAAAGUUAUGUUUUAAAUAGGUUGAUCUAUAGGUUUUAUUAAGCUUAAUCUAGGGUCCAAAAUAAAAAGCUAGUUAUUUGAGUGUGCUUGAGGCUACAUAUGCAGCAAAUUUCUUAGAAAUGUAGUAAUGAAUCCAACAAAUAGGACUCAUAUUACAUGGUACUUUUUUAGUCCCCAUACUGAGAGGCUUCAGUUCUCUAAUGUUCACUGACUUGUAGUUUAAUAAUGAUCUUAACUGGUAAGAGUUUCCAAGCAUCUUGUAUAACCAGCCACAAAUAUUCUACUGAAUUUAUCACACUUGCUUGUUUUUACAGAUAACUCCAGACAGGCUCCAUUGGGUUUAUUCUAUUUAGUUAUUAUUUAUUAUUUUUGUUAAUUUCUUGGUUUCUUUGUUAACAUACAAAUACUUCUCUGUAAUGUUCACUUAUGUAUAUAUGUUUAGUUGCAUCAUUGUUUUUCAUUACAUGUGUAAUAAAAUAU